GGAUUCCAAGGCAGACAUCUGGGACAUCAGCACCACCGACAUCAGCACCGCCGACAUCAGCACUGCCUGUCCUCCGCCCAUCUGCAUCAAUGAAACUCGACCCGGAACAAGUUAAGAAGGCCUCCAAGGCCCUCGUCGCCUAUCUCGAAAAGAACCCGAGCACUCCAGCCAAUAGCCUGGUCGAAGCGAGCGAGUCCUUCUUUCUGCAAAUUGCCCUCAAGAAGAUCCCCGAAAGUGCGACUGUCAAGCCCUUCCAAAUUCCCCUCAAGCACAAGCUCCACAGCGACAGCGUGACUGUGUGUCUUAUCGUCAAGGACCCGCAUGGAGAGAUUAAGGACUAUGUGGCCGAGAAGGGCAUCGGCGAAGUGACCAAGGUCAUUGGCAUCCAGAAGCUCAAGACACACUACAAAUCGUACGAGUCCCGACGGGAGCUUUGCAAAUCAUACGACUUGUUCUUGGCUGACGAUCGAGUCUUGCCUUUACUCCCGAAGCUUUUGGGCAAGGUUUUCUUCGAGAGCAAAAAGAACCCCGCCCCGAUCAAGGCAGCCAAGAACAAGAUCGAGAAGGAAGUCAAGAGGGCUGUGAGCUCAACGUAUCUCAGAUUCACCAAGGGCUCGAACCUUACCAUUCGCAUCGGCACUUCCGAGCAUAGCGCCGAGCAGAUUGCAGAAAACAUCAUCGGGGCCAUCGACCUGAUUGUUGGUAGGAUCCCGCGAAAGUGGGCCAACAUCCUUUCGAUCGGUCUCAAGACCACCAACUCAGUUUCGCUGCCGAUCUACAACUCGCUACCCAGCCACGCCAAAGCGCUUCCAAAGCCCAAGAACCCAACAUCCCUGAAGGACAUCAAGGAAGUUGAGCCGACUUCAGCGCCAGAGGCAGCGCUGUCCAAGGAAGACAAGACCAAGACCGCAAAGGCCGAGAGCCUGGUCGAGAAAGUGGUCGCCAAGGUCAAUCGGGCCCAGCUGAGCAGCGAAGCGAUCAAAUCCAAGAAAAGCGCCGUCAAGGUCACCCCGAGCUCGAAAGCCCGGGCCAAACUGGCCUUGAAGGGAAGAAAGUGAAAAUAGAGCAUGUCCAGAAUGAAACGGGAUGGUGCCCGUCACAUCAACCCUGCCUUCAACACAGCCGUCUGUAAGCCGCAGCGGGGCAGCCGUGUGAUUGUCUCCGGUCUUGGCUGGCAAUUGAGUGGUUUUUGUUGGUUUGGGGGAGCACGGUCUCGAAUACACCUGGUGUUGAAUGGACAAUGGGACUCAUUGUCGCUUUGAUACAUACGCUCGGCCAAAGACAUUCAAGUGGGCCGAAUCAUCUCUCGGCCCAUUCCCAGUAUCUGAUACUCGUCCAUGCCCAG